AUGCAAGGCAGCAACAAUCCCUCCCUCCCCGGUAUCGUGAUAGACCCGUCGUCCCCUCAAUCCCCCACUAUCUCCUGUGCAUUCUCACCAUCAACACCCACAAGCUCGACGUCGAGCCGAUCAACACCACAGUCAUCACAGCCAGCAUCACCAGCGGAAUCAAAACCAGCAAAACGACCCAAGAAGGUCCACCCAUCCUUCCAGCCCGUCCUCCGCCAUCUACGCACCCCUCUCUGCCCCCUCGUCUCCAGCACCACGGGGCAGCAACAUCCCGAAUUCCCCAAGACCCUCCUCGCCUACCACCUACUCACCUCUCGGCAACUGGACGAUCUAGCCCGUCACUUCCACCAGGUGUGGCCACCGGUGGAGGCCACAAGGGCAUACCCCGUCUCGAUCCCCGCGUGGAUCGGCACACAGGGCGAGAAGAGCGUCGAUCUACAGACGAAGCGGCGACGGUUCGGUCGCUUUAUUGGGCUGAGGGGGUGUGUGUCGCACGCCUUGUCUUUGUUCGUCUUUGUCUUUGUGGAGUUUGUGGUGGGCAAUGCCGCAUGCUGCAUGCAUAUUCAGCCUUGA